UAGCCGCGUCGCUGGGUUUGUGACGCGCUAUCUGUGCGACAGAGAAAGUGAGAGAGACACACACAGAGUGGUGUUAUGGCUACUGGCGGCACCGUGAGACCUGCUGAAGAGCCGGAGGAGGAAGAAGAAGAAGAGGAUGAAGCAGUCGAAGAGGAGGAGGAAGAAGAUUAUACCUUCCUACCCUUGGUGCACGACAUCAUUAAAUGUUUUCAAUUUGACCCUUGGUAAAUCUGCUCUGCUCCUUCUCCGUAGCAUGGACAAAGACAGCCAGGACGUAUACCAGGAGCUGAACGAGCUAAAGAGUAAAUUCCAAGCCAUGAGGAAGCUGGUCGGCAACAUGCCCGGCAUCGACAUGAGCCCAGAAGAGCAACAGCGGCACCUCCAGAGUCUGAGGGAACAGGUACAGACCAAGAGUGAACUGCUCCAGAAAUACAAGAGCCUCUGUAUGUUUGAGAUACCAAAAGAGUAGCUUGAGUAAAGCACAGACUGCUGCAACUAGUGGAAGGUUCUGCCAAACCCAACAUGGCGGCCAGCAUGCUGGGUGUUCAAAUAUGGAUGAAGCCAUUGCAAUCACUAUACUGGCAAUUGCCCUCGUCAAUGACUGCCGGACUCACACAAGGGGUAUUCCUAAUGGAUUUUUUUUUUUAAAACUGCUACGUGGUUGCUAGGCUCAGUGCCCCUAUAGCAACCAGACACUGGUGUGAAAGAUUCAAAUGAAUAGGAGAAGGUACAUGUUAUCUCCAUCUUCAACAUACUUAAUGUUCAUGUAAAAGUUAACUUCCCCUUUAGUUCUAUAAGUAUAUGUGUAAUACUUUCAUUUAUAAGUAUUUUUUUUUUUUUAUUGUUGUUAUUCAGGAUACGGGUCUAUCCAUAAAGUUUAUUUCACUGGA